AUGCAGUUUCAAUCGAUUCUAUUAUCUGCUCUGUUUGCUACCUCGGUGGUAGCCAAGGGAGACAAGGUUCUCUCGGAGAAGUCCAUGUGCAAGCAGAUGCACAAGCUUGAGAAGUUUGUCGCUUUCGCGAGCAACACCACCGAGCUUGAGCUGAUCACGAACAACAAUGCGACCAAGGUCACGCAACUGCAAGCCGAAGCCUCCGCAGCUGCUCAGAAACUCUCUACGAUGCAGUCCAACGCCACUCUGGUAGCCGACUGCGCAGUUGUCAAUGCUCAAGCCGAGGAGGAGGAUCAGUGCCGGGAGACAUUCGCACUUCAGCAGUUCGUCAAGUUCGCGGCAAACACAACCGAGGUCGCGGCAAAGACCAAUAAUGAUGCGACGAAGAUCGCAAACAUUCAGGCCGAGGCCUCGGUGGCCGCUACCAAGCUCCAAUCGCUCGAGAGCAACUCGACCCUGCAAGCCGCGUGCCCCGCCGUCCUGCAAAAGGACGAGUGCAAAGCGAUGAUGAAGAUCCAGAAGUUUGUCAACAAGGUCGAGAACGCCACCACUCUGGCGAAGCUCUCGAAAGGCGACGCGACCAAGGAGCAGGAGUUGAAGGAGAAGGCGGCGAUGGCGCAGACCAAGUUGAAGCAGUUGCAGAGCAACGCGACGUUCAUGGCUGCUUGCAACGCGAUGGGUAUGAAGGGUACCACUGGCAAGGGGAUCGAUAGCGGUGCCUCUUCCGAAGAGUCUGCCACCAACGGCCCGAAGAGCGGUGCGUCCAUGGCCGGUGCCAGCAGCGUGCUCUCCACCCUGGUGGUUGUUGCUGUGGGCAUGCUCUUGCUGUGA